GAGGAGCGGGAGGAACGGGUUCCUCCUAUUGCCACAACUCCACCACAUCCUAGCUGGAAGGAGGAAUUAUUAAGUCAGAGCAGCAGUGGAACCCAGGUGUCAAUUACCAGUGGUGUCUCUCUGGGAGAAGCAAUACGUCAGAAGUCUGCCAUUAAUGAGGGAAUGGAGUCGUGGUAUCAGCUUCCAGCAGAACUGGAUGUCAGCCGUUUAACUGCUGUCUCAGAGACAAAACUUGGCCUGACUUGUGAUAGAAAUGACCUGACAGAGUCCCCUACGAUGGAGGAAGGAGUGUUGCCUUCAGCAGAAGCAUCCACAAGGCAGUGUCCUGGAGAGACGCAUGGCUUACUUCUAAAUAUUCAGGACAGUCGAUUCUCUCCAUGUCUUCCACUGCUGAUGACAUAUUCAACACAAGGUCAAAAAAUUUUAGGUGAUACGCUUUUCCAGCAAUCAGAAGGGGAUUUUAUUUCUUUAAGAGGAAUCCCUGAUGUUUCCAGUGCUUCUGAGGUACAUUCGAAGCCUUUGCAGAUCCAUGAAGCAGUGUGGCUGACAGAUACUGAAAUACCUUCUGAUGCUCUCAGUGACUGCCUUACUUUGUCUCAGCAUCCUCUUCCAUUCGGAAAUGUGGAUCCUUGUGAUGUCAGUUUUAGUGGUUAUUUGUCUCAGCAGGCUUUUGCUGGACAGCUGCUUCUGGACAAGGAGACAAAUGACUAUAAAAGUGAUAUUAGUGAGAAGGCAUUGCUCUCCCAAACAGGUGAAAGUUUAGCACGCUUGACUUCAGAUAAGAUGCUAACCGAAGCAAGUAGACUGAAGCAAAUUGAAGCUUCUCCUGCAAAGCAGACCUAUAGUACUUCCGUAAAAGAUGAACGUUUCUCUUGGGACAACAAUGUACCAGCUCCUACUCUUGAGCUUUCGGAGAAAGAAGAAAAGUUACUGAGCCAUGAUGAGUUCUCAUCAUCUUCAGAAAACUCUUGUAAAACGGCAUUGACGAGGAACUCUGAAAAAUGUGAAAAAGAGAUGCAAAUGGAAAAGGUAAAAAUGGCUGAGAGUGAGUCAGAAGGGUUGAUAAGAGAGAUGGAGAAGCUAGAAAAAGAAAGGAAGGUUCCUGAGCUUGGUUUCUCUAGUACGUUACCUGAUGAUUUAAGGAAAGACAAUUGUAAAAAAGCAGAUACACGAGAUGUAUUUUCUGCGGAGAAUUCUGAAAUAGCCAGACUGUCCAAGGAACAUGGUGCAGAUCUGAAUGAUUCUGGAAGCUUGAAGUUAAAGGAACUCCAAGCAGCUGUUCUAGCUCACCAUAAACAACCAUCUUCUGCGAUGCGGUUUGAAAAAGAGGAAUUUGUCCCUACUGUGACAGCUACCAGUGAUUGUGCACCUAAACAACUAGUUACGACCAGCAUGAAAGCUGUUUCGCCAUGCAGUGAGAAAGAGAGCGCACGAGUGGAAGUAGAACCUGGAGUAAGCAGGACUGAAUUAACUAUUUCAGAUUUUUCCAUAGAAAGGGGACAUAAAGUUACAGAUAUUUCCCCUUCAUUUAAUCUCCUUGUAGGUGAUGGUUCAUUCUCUGGACACUUUGCUCAUCCAAAUUAUCAGUCUACUCCAGGGAUACUUGUAAACAAAAACGUUAAGGUAGAUGAACUGAGCAAAACCCUUCCCAACAAAUCAAAUAUUCAGAAGUCUCUUUCAUGCUUAAAUGAAGAAACUUUAGGGAACUCCUCUACCAGUACACCUGCUUGUUCUGUUGAGAAGCACCAUUCACUCCAAUGUGCUUGGGAAGAAAAAAAAGAACACUGUGUGGCCUUAAAAUUGAAAUAUCCCCACACUGGAAGAAUCCAGUCUCUCCCAUCCCUUAAUUUCAUGGAGAAGGUAGGGGCUUGGAAUGUAAGCCAGCCAGAGAAGAUGUCUGAUUCAUUGGCUUUCUGUGACCCAAGUGGAAUUUCUGCUGGAAGGAAAGCCUACAGUGCAAUCGUCAAUUCUUCAAGCCAUAUUUUAUCAAUACGAAAUAGCAGUGGCGACCCCAAGGAUUAUGUUGCUACUUCCUCUAGAGAGACGGAGUCAUUGGCAAAUUUGCAUUUCCCUAAUGAAAACUUAGUGCUCGUCCGCCCUCUUACCAGAUCUCAGUCUGACGACUCAGUAAAUGUUGCCAGUAGGAACCCCUCCCUGACUGAAGUUAUUCAGCCAGCAAACUCGACACAGGCAGUGCAGCCGUUAGAAGAAGAGAGUGAUAUUUUAGGAGUGUCUGAAAAUAAAGAAAGCAGUAGUAGUUUAGUAGGCUCCAUGUUACGGAAGUUUUCAGGCCACCUUGUUGUUACUGGAUCUAGUGAUGAGGAUGUUGAAAGUAGCAGUAAAGAGCAAAGUUCAGACCCAGAUGUUUUCAUCUCUAGUGAAAGAGUCGAUCAGCUCCUUAGAGGGGAUGGAAACUCUCAAACUGAUGACCAGGAGAGUUGUGGUGGUCUUGAAAAUCAAAAGGAGUCUCAUAACCUAGACGUUACUACUGGCCAUGUCACUAUGGAACAUUUCAGUGAUGUUUCCCCAGAUAGUCUGAAUCUUCUUGCUAGCUCUGGGGGAAGUAGCCAGGUGGACUUGGGCUCUGCAGGGCGCUCUUCUGUGGUUUCUAGGCGUUUCUUCACUAGCUCAGAAGAGGAUAACUUUGUCCCCUUUGGAGUAACUCCUUUGAAAACUCCAGAGAAAGAAGAGCUAAACAUUGAAGAAAGGAUCCCAGUUUAUCUUCGCAAUCUUGGCAUUGAUCAGUCACCUGGAUCUAUACUGACUCCAUUUAUACCCCGAGGACCAAUUAGGGAGGUUGAAUUUUCCCCUUCAGAGCUUAGAACGCUGAAGGACUCCACUGACACGCUUAGGAAGACGGCUCAGCGGCCACGAGAUGACUUGCUGGCUGCUGUUGACAUUACACAAACAAGUUUUAACUCUGGCACUUCUACUCUCAGUAUGUCUAUCCCAAUGGGUUCAGAAGUUGGCUCUGCUAUUUUGUUACCCAGUGAACUCUCUCCUUGCUUCUCAAGAUCUUCUGGAGACAGACCAGUGAGUCAGUGCAAUAUUUCAUGCCACCAGCAGGAGCUAACUGCCUCCCAUUGUGUUGAAAGCAGAGCAGAGGAUUCAGCUGUCUCCAAAUUAGCAGAACCAAAUCAGCAGCUGCAGACAGUCUCACUUGACUGCUGUUCUGAUGGAAAGAGUCCCAUGCUUGCUGCAAAACAUGUUCGAGAUCUGGUGGCUAAAAAUGAGUCAAAAGAGGUGAAUAGUAGUCUACAGAGAUGGCCUGCAGGUUGUUUGGCUGGAGUUAAAAAUGAAAUGGAAGUUGUGAUAGGAUCACAACCUUCAAGUGUAGGUACUUCUGUUAAUGAGAGAAAUAAAGAUCAAGAAAGUGAUUCCUUGAUUGGAUCUGAUGCAUUGAAAGAAAUACGUAAGCUUCUAGCAGAGGCAGAGGAUAUAGCUGGCAGCUGGUGUGACCCUAUCAUUUCCACUGCCUCUUCUAGAGAAACUGUUGACUCUUCCCCAGUGCUAAUUGAAAAGGAGGAUGACCCCAAAGAUUCCAGGAUUGUAAAAGACAACGUCCCUGAAUUUCGGAGGCUAUUGUCAUGGGAUGAAGCUACGACCCGCAGAAGUAUGCAAGAAGAGGGGUCAGUAAUAAAGGCCCUGAAUUCUUACCACGGCAGUAUGAGAUGGGGAAGUUCUCUUGAUGUCGCUGUACACAACAGCGAAAAGAUGAUGCAGGAGAUGACCAAAGAGUUUAGGACAGGAAAAUCUGUAGGAAGGUCUGAGCCAGAAGGCUGUAGUAGUGCAACUACAGACAGAAACGUACCUGCUUUUGUGACUGCACAAAGUAAUGCAAGUAAUGAAGUGAGCACUGGAAAUACUCCAGAGCUCGUGAAUCCUUCUCCAUCGGAACCUCUAGGAUGCAUCAGCGAUGCCCUGGGAGACUUCCAGAGUGUCUUGGCUAAAGAAGCUAGUGUAGCUGGCAGCAAGGAGGGAGGAGUUGGAGAGAAUGAUAACAGUAGCAGCGGAGAUUCACUAGCUGCCCGUGUCAGAAACCUUCUCAGAAGUGGGUCGCCUGCAAUACGUGCAACACAAACUUUAAGAAGUGCGGAGGAAGAGGAGAGGAAAGCACGAGCAUGGGUGAAGCUAAAACUGGCCAGUCGAUCUCAGGAAUCUGUGUCAGAGCUGAGCGAAGAGGACCGACGAAGAAUAGAGGAGAUCAAGGCAGAGCUGCUUCUGAGUGCCAAGAAAUCUGGACUAGCCAAGGUUUCAAGGGGAUGCGCUUUGGAAGCUGCUCCCGAGUACAGCCAUAAUCAGGAACAGGACAUAAAGCACUCCAAAGCUUCAAGCAACAAAAAAUUUCAUGUUGACAGCCGUAUGCAAGUCUUCAAGACUAAGGAGCUUUCAGAGUCAAGCUCACAGCAGGUUGUGCCAAUAUACAGGACUAAUCCUUCUGGUUAUUGCCUGCUGAGUAAUACACAGUCUAAAUCGUUGAGUACUGUUCAAACACCUAUCUGCAGCCAGCAUCAGACAGUUGCAACUAGUGAUUCUCAUGCCAGCGUUGAACUUCAUGCACCAUUGCAGAAAGAACGGGACACACGUGUAAUGAGAUUUCCAGCUGCUUCUGAUAUACAGAUGGAGGAAAUACAUUUACAAGCUCAGAAGAAGCUGUCUGUGGAAAAGUCUUCUGAAGAAAUGACUAAGCAAAUUACUUCUAUCACCUUCUCAUCCCGAAAACGUUCUCAGUCACCACUGAGUUCCAUGGUACUCAGCAGCAGCCAUACUGGAGGUGGUCUUGAUGGAAUAAUGCCUUUGGAGGUUGGCUCUACUAGUACUGAAGAGCAUGGUCUUGGUAAACAACACUGGGAAAGGUCUAAGAUCUGUCCUCCUUCAAGUCCAGUGCUUGCUGGUUCACUGUCUAAUGAGAUGGCAUUUACUGCUGCCAAAGACAGGUUUCAUCACUUUUCUGCUGAUGCUAGCAGAACUAGAGGUUAUCAAGAAGAUUUUCCAUCAAAUCUGGGUUCUGCAAGCAUCCAUGCUGAUGAAGAACAGACCUGUCCUGCAAAAAAACUCGAGGAAGUUCUGCCUCGAGAUGCAACUGAAUUAGAGAGACAUAGUGCCAGACUCCUAGGGGUUGACCGUAAUGUACGAUUUAGUCAAGAUAUGAAUAGACUUCAUGAACCCCAUUCUGUAAGCUCUUAUCAGGGAAAGAACAGCUCACUCAGCCACGUGCAAGUCGAUGAGAGUUUAGAAUGGCCAGGUCCAACUGUACAAACUGACUUGCUGGAGGACCGUAUUAAUUUCUUAGAAAAAGAGAAAAAAAGUCUCUCUGAUAAAGUCUCCCUCAUUCAGAAAGAGGUUGCUAGAGAGCAAAUCAGCGUGUCUUGCCAUUCCUCUCCAAAUCAGGUUUUAUCCACCACAUCUGCAUAUCCUUCCUCACCGACUAAAAAAGUACUCUCUUGUGUCCAUAUAACUCUAUCCCCAAAGUGUAGUAACUUGGAGCUGUGCGGUGACUUGAAUACUGAAAACGAGGUGAGACUAGAGAAAAAGCUUGAAGUUGAUACUCAACGAGUGUCUUCAAAAGGUCCAGAAACUUUAUUAGAAGCUGUUUCCAAAUUAUCAACUACUGAUCCUGUUCUGACAGAUCAAGGGUCUUCCUCUUUUCCAGUGCCAGCAGCUUCAGCAGAUUCCUGCCUUGUGCUUUCCUCUGUUCCAAGCACAGCAGGGCAAGAGCUAAAACCUCUGCAAAGCUGCGAGAGACCACAGGCCACUGUUCUGGGUUCAGGGGGAUGUAAUGUGAAGAAUAGCUUCAACUCUGUAGUUUCUGAAAAAAAUGGGAAAACCACUUCUGAUGCUGCCACUCAGAUAACAACAGAAAGUCCUGAAAAAGCAACCUUUUCAGCAGAAAUUUAUGUUAAUUCACAAGGCAGUGAAAAUACGAUCCACCAGUCAUCUCUCCAGAAAACACAGGACGUCCCCAGUUGUACAACUUCAUCCCUUGAAAGGAUUUCUUCUUUUCCGAAGCAGGCUGGUCAGCCGUUAUUGCUGCCAUAUAAGCCUUCUGGAAGUACUGAGAUGUAUUAUGUUCCUUAUCCAAAGGCAGGAUCCAGAAUGUCUCCAGUUGCAUCAGAAACGACUGUUGAGAGCUCUCACUCAGGAUCAAAUGAUGCUAUUCCUCCAAGGUUUCCAGCAAAUGCCUUUGGCUUAAGGGACGAUAAUGCUCCAGACAAUACAGCUCCUAAGCAUAAAGAAGGAAUCUAUAGUACGAGGGCCAAGCCCAAGGUGGCCUGGACUGAGGAGAAAAUGAUACCACUGGAAGUUGCCCCAGAAUGCACAAAUCAUUUGCAAUCUGUAAAAACCACUCACUCCAUCUUCAAAUCAGCACAGUUCUACCUUCAUCCUCCAAUGCCUAUGUAUGACAGCUACUUCCUGUCUAACAGUGAGCUAUCAGAGGAGUAUUCUGAUACUGGACGUGCUAGACCUUCCUCAAAUGCUUUCUUCCAGAACUGGAAAAACGCAGAUCGUAAUCAACGUGUUUUCUCCACUCACCAUAGGAAGAAUGGUGAAAAUGAAUUCUUUCCACUAACUGCAGAAGCAGAUUACAGCAAGAAUGAAGAUAUAAGAAUUAGUACAUCUUUAGGGAAUAAAACUGUAGGAAAGGAGCUAUUUCAACGUGGCAGAAGAGAAGCAGAACAAAAGAAGGCUAGAAAUUACCCUUUACCAUGCAGCCAAAUGAGUCACUUUAACGAGAAUCUAGAGACAGGCCUGCCAGGGAAACGGAGAACCCAUUCCACUAGCAGCUUAGAUGAGCUCUGGACUAAGUUUUUGGAGCGCCAGAAGAGACACCAGCACCAUGAUUUUAGGAGCGACAGUGAGUUAUCCCUUGUUGAGCGCCUCGAUCGGUUGGCCAGGGUCCUUCAGAAUCCCAUCAAGCAUACGCUAGUACCUACAGAACCUGAAAAGAUUGCUUCUGAAAAGAAGAUUAAGGGAAGAGAGCAGAGGUUUCAGGAGAAAAACACAUGCGAAAGUACCUUAGAGCCUGAUGCAGCACAUAGUGAAGAAAGACCACAUAUCAACCGUAAUAAAAAUAGCCUUGCAGAGUUCAGGAAAAAUAGGGCAGGAGAGAAAACUAUCUGUCACAUGAAUAAAAUUUUGGAGCACCAGCAGUACUUGGAAGCUCCUAGUGACACUUCCUCAGAGGCCGGGCUUAGUAAAGAUCAUGGCACUGUGAUCAGUUCUGCGACCUCUGAAUCUGAUGUGGUGACCCAAACAGAAGUGGAAACUGCUACUCUGACUGAGGUGAGCAGUUCCAUUUCCACCAUUGACACUGCCAGGCUGAUCAGGGCUUUUGGGCAUGAAAGAGUGCGUGUGUCGCCAAGACUGUCCCAACUUUAUUGUACCAUCAAUCGGCAGAAAAGUCGCUCUGAGAAGUGGAACAAGUGGAGCAGUAAAGCAAUGGGUGUAGAAUAUCCGAAGGUGACCUCUGAGAGACAGAGGAAAAGGAAAGAGAUCCAGAAGGCAGCUUCUAUUUCAUCAGAUUCAGCUUCUACUAGCAGUAUUUCUUGGGGGCCAAGCUCUGCUCUUAGUAACAAGCGACGGAUACGGAUGUUAAACAAAGGUAUCCAAGCAGGAGACUUGGAGAUUGUGAACAGUGCAACUAAAAAAAACACUCGAGAUGUUGGUGUGACUUUUCCAACUCCAAGAUCUAGCCAGCCAAAUCUGCGGCCAUGGGAACCCUGGCAUUGUGUCGAUGGUAUUUUCGGAGAGUCAGAUGGUUUGGUCACAGAUCAUCAGGUACCAGGAAACAAGGGUAAACAGAAGGGACAGCCAGGCAGUUUUUUUGUGGAGAAAAAGAUGAAGAAGGGCAGGCUGCAUUUGCCACAAGGAAUUUCCUGGCUUGUCCAAGCAGAGGAUUUGAAAUCUGAAUCUAAGAAAGAAAACUGUUCCAAUUCCUUUUCUGGUCCUGGUCCAUCUUGGUUUGAACCACUGACCAGCACAAAACCCUGGAGGGAGCCCCUCCGAGAGAAGAACGGGCAAGAGCAGCAGCCUAGCAACACGGUUCAGCCAGUGGUUCCGGAAAGAGAUGCUGAGAACAGGUCCCCACAGCCGUUUGUGAAGCUGACACUACAGGAGGCUCUUGCAUUGCAUCGCCCUGAUUUCAUCUCCCGCUCUGGAGAGCGUGUAAAGCACCUGAAGCUUGUAAUGGAGGAAAGAAGGAUGCAGAGUGUAUUGCAGUGUGAACGAGAACAGCUAUUUAAUCCUCCUGAGAAAAGAAAGGGCUACAGGAAUGCAAGUUGCAUGCUCUCUGAAAGAGGCUAUCUGUUUAGACAAAAGAGAAGAACGAUUCCAAAGAGCGAAAUGAUUCAAAGAUCCAAAAGGAUCUAUGAGCAGCUGCCAGAGGUGCAGAAGAAGCGAGAAGAAGAGAAGAGAAAAUCUGAAUACAACUCAUACCGGCUAAAAGCACAGCUUUACAAAAUGAAAAUCACGAACCGUGUCUUAGGGAGGAAGGUACCUUGGAACUGAUAAGAAUCUCGUGUUCGAACAAAGGUGUAUUGUGCUUAGUAAACUUAUAGCGUCUUCCUCUGUAAAGGCGGUCGUGAAGCAGAUAACGCAGUAAACACUUGUGCAGCAUAUGCUUUGUGAUGUUCAAUAGUGUCAUUUUUGUACUAAUAUAAUCCGGCCUUAUUUAUAAGGUAUUUUAAGGAUCAGUGAUUUAAUGUGAAUAAUAGGCUUUUAAAUAAAUGGCUGUUGUUUGUAGUGCUAUGUACCUCCAAGCGAAUGCAGUUUGGAAGUAUUUGGUUCAUAAUAUAUUUAUAAUAACCUGAAUGGAAUAACUGUUUUAAAUAUUUA